AUGGACAAAGCAGCGGAAGAACGCGUGCGAGCUUAUGUGCAGGAGGUGGAAAGUCGCGUGGCAAGUCAACUUGCCGAUCGUAAAGCGGUUGAAGAUUCUGUGCCGUUGUCCGAAGAUCAACUUCGUAGGUUGGACAGCACAUUGAAGCGAACAACGGCUUUCAUGAAAAAGCUAAAAAAUAUUGGAUCCGGACACACCAUUGCCGAUGCGAAAAUCAAAUAUAAUGAUGUAAAAGAGGUGGUUUCGAUCUGUGUUAAACUGAAAUGUUAUUACGCCGAGUUUUCGUCUCUUCUGCUGCUCGAACUGCGCAAAUUAAUGCCGGUGAAGCGAUCAGACAAGAUCCAGAACCCUUCCAAAUUGCGAGUCGACAUAAGGCUUCUGACCGAACUCUGUCUGCAUGGUGUCUUUGCGAAGGAAGGAUUGCAACUUCUUGGCUCCGUUCUCUCCUAUCUGACAAUCACCGAUAAAUCUGAUCAUCUUAAUCUUCCAAUCCUCUUGCCGUUUUGCAAAGUCAGCAGUGUUGACUUGCUUGGUUUACACAGCUUCCCAGUCAAACAGGAUGCUACAGCUUUGGGUACUGAACUGCCGUGCUCUCCGGUAUUGACCAGUGAGCAUAAGAAAACAUUUGCUCAACUCUUCUUGGAUUAUCGUGCAUCACUAAUAGAGCACAUACGCAAGGAUUUAAUGGAAGUGAAUCAACUGCUACGCUCAAUAAAGAAGCAAAUGCGAACACGUGGAGACGCAUCAGCUGAGGAUCAUAGUCGCUUAGACGCGGCUCGAGCACGUUACGAAAAGAUUCUUGCAGCUGGUGUUCAGCUUAGUGAAGUACUGGGCGUUGAAAUGGAAAAAAUGGAGGAAGAACAGAGCGAAGACGAAGAGGAAGAGAUCUUGACCGUUGCAUUCAGCCAAGCAAAGCAAGACGGAAAUUUAAGUAUAUGGCCAGAUAAAGACACACGUUAUUUUUAUGAGACGAAAUUGGAGCUGCGGCAGCUUGUUCCGUCAAUUCUUUUCCAGGAGUCUGAACAACAGACACUAGAUUUAGUUGGGACAAAGAUUGAUGAUGUGGAUUUAAGCGGCUUGGAUACAGUUGUUGAAGAGCCAGAAAACGACAGGGAGAGUCUCAAUGAAGAAGAUGAAGAUGUUACACUGGAGGUAGUUGAUGUGAAUCCGGCUAUUACCGCAAGUAUUAUGGAGCCGAAAGUGUCUGGGCAAGAUUUGAAGACCAUGACAAGUGAAUUUCUUCGGCGGCUUCCGUGGUUGAUCAACAGGGAUCUUAUCGACAGUGCCGCACUUGAUUUUGUUACUAACCUGAACACGUCGAGCAACAGGAAGAAACUGUGCCAAAUGAUGCUGGAAGAACAUCAAGCACGACUGGAUUUGCUGCCCUUCUAUGGGCGUCUUAUUGCAACUUUAGAGCCAGUUAUGCCAGAUCUGGCCAUUGAAAUCUCCCAAACAUUAAUUCAGCAAUUCCGAGCAGGAGUACAGAACAAAGCAAGCAUGCGAAUACAUAUGAAGAUGAGGUGUUGUCGGUUUAUCUCAGAAUUGGUAAGAUUUCCGUCGCUUUCGAUUCAGAGAGAUACGUGUAGACUCGCGACCUCUGCAGCGUCCAGUUUUGCAGGUGAAACUGUGAUUACUGCGCUUGAAACUAACCCCGUUUCACGAUUUGACACUUAAGU